GCUUGUAGGGUUUGUAGGGAAGGCGAUCUCGCUCAUCCGACGGCUCAGAUUUUUUCGGGGAAUAAAAGAAAUUGGAAAAUAGAAAUUAGUUGGAUCUUCAAUUCUUCUUCGUCACUCUCGCACGGAAUUCUUCGCCUACUCUCUCUGUCUCUCUGCGCGUCGCGAAUCAGAAUUAUUGUACGAGCACUGUUGUAAUGGCGGAUGCCUCUCAGCCCGAUCGAUCGCCGGCCCGAGCCCAUUCCCGAUCCGGUUCGGGCCACGAGCAGUCGCAGUACUGGUGCUACCAAUGCGACAAGCACGUGGACGUUGAAACCCUCGCCGCUGACGUCGUCUGCUACGAGUGCAAGGCAGGUUUCGUGGAAUCCAUCCCCGCGCCGGAAGGAGCAGUCGACGAUCGGUACGACGACGUUUCUCUGGGAAACCAGUUCAUCCAGGUGCUUCGAUUGAUCUCCGAGGCGGCGCGUGAUGGUGACGCUCCUCCUCCUCCUCCUCCUCCUCCUCCACCUUCUGAUCCGUCCGACGGAGAUUACCUUCGCAUCGAAAUCGAUGGUUGGCACAACGACGAUGAUGACGAAGACGAAGACGAAGACGAAGACGAGGACGAGCAUUCAGUGGAGGUACUCAACCAGGAAGAAGAGGAAGAGGAUGCGGAGGCGGCCGAUAACCGCCGGCGCAACUCUGAAAUCGACAGAUCCGACGGCGAAGACGAUGAAAGCGAAGAUGAAAUCGAAGUGAUCGAGCCUCGCGACGAGGAGGAAAUGCGAAGGCGGCGACGUGACGUGCUUCGUCUUCGUCUUAGGGAUUUCGCCUCGCGCACUGCAACCAGACGCAACAGAAUUCUCGAUUGGGCUGAAAUUGUGAUGGGGCUGGAGGACCACUCCAUCGAGCUCCGAUUACAGUCUCCAGAUUCCGAUACCUACGUCGGCAAUCCAGGCGAUUACGUCGACGCUGCCGGAUACGAAGCCUUGCUGCAAAACCUAGCCGAGACUGACACCGGAGCUCGGCGCGGAGCACCGCCGGCCGCAAAAUCAGCCGUCGAAGGACUCGACAAUUUAAUGAUCGACAAGGAGGAUAAUGCAAUUAUAUGUUCUAUCUGCAAAGAUAUGGUAACAGUCGGCCAAGAACUCGGGAAGAGCUUGCCGUGCGGCCAUGGCUAUCAUACUGAUUGUAUAGUCACCUGGUUGGGAACACGAAAUUCUUGCCCUGUUUGUAGGUUUGAAUUGCCCACAGAUGAUCCCGAGUACGAAGAAGAGAGAAAGAUGAGGGCGAAAGUCGCAGCCGCGGCGGCCCUAAGGACCGGAUCCUCCUCCGGCAGCCGCAGCGGCGGCAAUGAGUGACCUGACCUGUAACGGUACAUGGCUAAAGACCCUUUGCCAUCUUAGUUGCCUUUGCCUUGCCAUCUUUGUUAUCACUAUAAAUUGCAGUUUUCGAAUUUAUGUGGUUUAGUUAUUAUUACAGUUUGUCAUUUGUAAAUAACAAGAUUUGCAAUUAGCUUGAUAUGGUUUAGCAGCCGCCAUUGAUGAUUUCCUUGAUCGUGCUUUGUGUCUUGCUGAAUGUAGAGAAUAACAGCACUUGUUCGACUACACAUUCUUUGCUUUUAUGGGUAUCAAAUAUUGCAAUAGUUGAGGUUAUAUCUUCAUGAUUUGAA